CUGUCAAUGUCAGAAUUGACAGACUUGGAAGGGAAAAAACGAGCUGUGGGCGCCCACGAAAAAUCCACUUUGUCACAGUAAUCAAGCUUUCUCGAAGUCACCUUGCUCAUACCUGGGCUCAUUUCCGCACUCUGCAGACGUUGAGCUCAGGAUGGCUGGAGCUCACGCAGACCUGCAUGCACGGAAGAUCAUGAUUGCCAUGGACGGCGGGCCAGAGAGCUGGUACGCUGUCAAGUGGGGCAUUGAGAACGUGGUGCGAUUUGGUGACAACGUGCUCAUUCUCUAUGUGGGGCCCAAGGAGGAAGAGACGGGCGACUACAGCGCAAAGGCGCUCAUGUGGGAGAAGGGGGGCACACCUUUCAUCCCGCUCAUGGAGUUUGGCUCGCUUGCGAGCUUCGGGCUGAAGGGCUUCACCCCCGAGCUCCUCGCGGAGCUCGAGCAGCUUUCGAAGGACCUGAAGCUGACAAUCUUCGCACAGGUCUACUUCGGCAACGCUAAGGAGAAGAUUGUGACCGCCGCCGAGCAGAACGGUACGGACCUGAUUGUGAUCGGGCACCGGGGGCUCGGGAAGUUCCAGCGGCUCUUCUCAGGCAGCGUGAGCGCGCACGUGGUCGAAGAGACGGACUGCCCCGUGGUCGUCGUCAAGCUGCCCCGGGAGAAGUAGAUGCACCUUAGGGGGCAGGUUUGAGGGGGGGAGUUGUGUGAGGUUUCUUGGCCGGGAAUUUGUUCGGUUGGUCGUUGUAAAGCUGCCCCGGGAGAAGUACAGUGCACCCGCCGGGGG